AUGUCGACCCUGACCUCCUGCGUCGCCCGCGCCGUCGUCGCCCCCAAGGCCGCGGCCAAGCGCUCCGCUGCCGCCAAGAAGGCUGCCAAGCCCUCCCCCGCGCUCCCCGCCGGUGCCUUCGCGGCCGCGUCCCUCGCGGCGACCCCCGCCGCGUUCGCCGCGACCGAGGCCAUCUCCCAGACUGCCGAUGGCGUCGGCGUCGCCGUCGGCGGCGCUGUCGUCGUCGCGGGCGCGGCCGGCCUCCUCAUCGCGGCCGAUCCCAACAAGCGCCGCGAGGACAUGAUGUCCGAGACUGGCGGCGACGAGGCCGCGUCUGUCCGCAACUACUUCGACACCGAGGGGUUCAACCGCUGGAAGAAGAUCUACGGCGAGACGGACGAGGUGAACAAGGUGCAGCUCGACAUCCGCAACGGCCACCAGCAGACCGUGGACAAGAUCCUCGACUGGACCGCGGGGAUCGACAUGACCGGCAAGACGGUGUGCGACGCCGGCUGCGGCACCGGCUCCCUCGCCAUCCCCCUGGCCCUCCGCGGCGCGUCCGUCUCCGCGUCCGACAUCUCCUCCGCCAUGGUCGGCGAGGCCGAGGUGCGGUACAACGAGCAGGUCAAGGCUGGCGCCAAGGCUCCCGCCGUCGCGCCCAAGUUUGAGGCGCUCGGCCUGGAGGAGUGCUCGGGGAAGUACGACGUGGUGACCUGCAUCGACGUCAUGAUCCACUACCCCACCGACAGGGUCAACGGCAUGAUCAACCACCUCGCGUCCCUCUCCGACGACAAGCUCAUCAUCUCUUUCGCCCCCAAGACGCUCGCAUACUCCAUCCUCAAGCGCAUCGGGGAGCUCUUCCCGGGCCCCUCCAAGGCGACCCGCGCGUACCUGCACGCCGAGGAGGACGUCGAAACCGCGCUCAACGCCGCGGGCUUCAAGGUGACCAGACGGGAGAUGACGGCCACCUCCUUUUACUUCAGCCGCCUUCUCGAGUGCCAGAGGGUGUGA